AUGUCUUCUUCUACCUCGCAGCCUCAGGCCGUGCCACACGCGCCCAACGCGACUCCAGCUGCGCCCCCUGGUCCUGUCCCGACGCCUCCUCCAAAGUCUGUUGCCAGACUGUCCGACGCGACGAAUGCGAAUGCUACGUCAACGGUGAACGCAAACUCCCCCCGAACCCAAGCUUCGAGCAGCCCUGCGCCGGGUGUUCCCACUACGGGUCCUACGGCGUCGAUCCCGAAUACGACAACUCCACAGGCGACCGCGACCGAGACCGAAGAACACGUUUCGUUCAACGACAAGCUCAAUGCCGCCGAUCGGUACUGGAAGUUCAAGUUUGGCCUCAAAGCCAUAGUCAUCAUAACAGGCUUGAUCGGCAUAGGUUGCUUUGCUUGGUUAAUGUCCGCAGGGGACACUUCCGUCUCCGACUCCUAUAUCUAUGGCUACAACGGCUACGCAGUGUGGCCCGGUAUAAUUACUUGGUCCAUCUCAAUAGCCUGGGUCGCGCUUUGCAUCAUCAUCUUCCUCGUCCGCAAGCGGCCUGUGCACCCUGGCGUCCGUGUAUCGAUGGAUCUUCUGCUCUGGCUUGCCUUCAUUGUGACAGCAAUGUUUGCCAUCCUCGCGCUCCAGGACGUACUGGAUUUUGGUUUAUACGGUGGACCUGAUCGAUGGAACUACAAUUACUCGGGCAGCGAUGGAGACUAUGUCCUGGCUUCCAACGGCACAUGGGUUUGGGAACAGGACACCAGUUAUAUCAAUUCUCCGCGAGACUGUUCCUCGUACGCUCAGUUCCAGAACUGUGAAGAGCAGGACGCUUAUGUCAACAAGCUUUGGGCUGAGAAGGGGCAACGCUCAAACAUUACGUUGACGGGUGUUGUAUGCCAAUUCUUCGGUUUGGUUCUUCACUUUGCGCUGUUCGUGUGGGCUUGCGUUGAUUGCCAUCGCUACAACCGUAGCAAGGUCAGCAAGGAUGCGGAAAAGAUUGCCGCCAACAUCGUACAGACCAUGAUCGGCAAUGGAGCUAUCGUGCCCCCGCCAGGACAGGCACACAUGAAGCCGCCACCGGGGCAAGUCAUGUACUAUCAGAUGCCACCAAACCAGCAGGGAUAUCCGAUGCAGCCUCAGUAUAUGCAACAAGCACCGGGACAAAUGCAGCAAUUUGGGCAACACCCACAGAUGAUGCAGCAGCAACAACAACGCAUGGUACCUGGACAGUAUCCAAUGGGUCAACCUGGGAUGGCUGCCCCAGCACCGACCAACGAGAAGAGUGCGGGACCGCGUUACGCUUGA